AUGUCUUUCACAACUUUAGAGACAACGAAUUUUCCUCUGUAUGCCGUGAACGUCCUAGACAAGGAUCAUUUUUUGAUCGCCGGUGGUGGAGGGGCGGCGAAGACCGGGGUCCCAAAUGCUUUGGUUUGUAUUUUCGCUCUUUACUUGUUUACACUGAUUUUUACAAAUAUUUUAUAGUUCAUGUCGUAUUGCUGUGUCUGUUUAUUAUUUUUUUUCUGUGUUUAAUCUUUUUUUUCAUGGAUUCGUCUACAUUUCAUUCGAUAAGUUGAUUCUACUCCUCGACUCAUUGUUCAAAAGAACGUACAGUUCGUGUGAUCGUGGUACUCUUCAAAUCAAAGUUUUAACUACAAGCUUUUACAGGUGUCGAGUCUUAUUUUUGCGGUGAGCAAGGGCAACGUGGGAUGAUAGUAGAUGUAAACUAUUGAGGGAAAAUCGUAUCUUUUUUGUAGGGAAAAUGUAUGUAUCAAAAGUUCCAAAAUAAUAUAUGUUUAAGUUAUAAUCGAGUUUGCAAUUAACGAGGCAAACUAACUUCAACUGUCCAUUUACAAGCUUGGUAUAUUGUACUUGUACUAAGGAAUUCUUGAUUUUGUACCAAACAGUACUGUGUGCUUUGUAUUAUUAUAACAUUCAACUUAUGCUCAAUGAGAUCAGAUUAGGCAACAGCAGAAUUUUUAUCCUGACAGCGCAGUAAUCUCUCUCUUUCUUUUUUUUUAGAAUAUUUACAAGCUUGGCCGAAACAGUAAAGAACUCAAAGCAACACUAGUCCAUAACUUUGAAGCUGGGAGGAGGCCAAUUAUGAAUUGUGCAAUUCAUCCAACAUCAAAUGUCAUUGCUGUUGGAAUGGACAAUAAAUGUCAGUUACUUGAGAUUGAUAUUAAGGAGGAAGUAAAGAACACUGAAAAAGUGAAAGGAAAAAAGUUAUUGUCAAAGAAAAGACACAAGAAUUUAUUGUCAAAGAAUUAG